UGUCCCUCCUGUCCCCUCCAGCAGCUGCUGAGCGCUGCGGCCGCAUUUCCCCUGCGUGUCGGCAGGGUUCAGUGGCUGGCUGGGCGCAGCGGCGAGGGAAGGCGGCCGGCUCCACAGCCGCCCCUCCCGCCCCGCAGCCUUCCCCUCCUCGCCCUGCGCACCCCGGCUCCGAGCCUGGCCGGGGGCGGGGGGAGCUGAGGGCGGCGGUGCCCACCCGGCAGGGCUGCCGGCCGCCUGCUGCCUCGCUCUUUCUCCCUAGCCCCGGAGGUUGAAGCUGCUGCUGCUGCCCUCCGAAGCCCUCCGUCCUGCGUGUGCUUAGGGACCUGCCUCCAGAGCUUCUCCCGAGGAUGGCCCCGCUGCAGGGCACUGCCUCCUGAGGAAAACCCUUCCCGAGCAGGAUCUCGGUUGUAGCAGCUGACUGAGAGCGGCACCGGGGAAACUAUGUGAGCUGGUUUUGCAGCCCUGAAGUAAACAUGAUGAAAACGGAGUCCUCGGGAGAGAGGUCGACCCUCCGGAGUGCCUCUCCUCACAGGAAUGCUUACAGGACUGAGUUCCAGGCGCUGAAAAGCACCUUUGACAAACCGAAAUCAGAUGGAGACCAAAAAACGAAAGAGGAAGGAGAGGCCUCUCAGAGCAGGGGAAGGAAAUAUGGCUCAAAUGUCAAUAGGAUUAAGAACUUGUUUAUGCAGAUGGGCAUGGAGCCCACGGAGAGCGCUGGAGUUGCCCCCAAAACCAGGGGGAAGGGUGGCCCUCCAUCGCCUCAAAGACGAAUCAGGCCCAAAGAAUUUGUAGAAAAAACAGACGGUUCAAUUGUAAAGUUGGAAUCUUCCGUUUCGGAAAGGAUUAGUAGGUUCGAUACUAUCCACGAUGGCCCUUCUUACUCCAAGUUUACUGAAACUCGGAAGAUGUUUGAGCGAAACGCUCACGAGACGGGCCCCUCCAAUCGCUAUUCCCCAAAGAAAGAGAAAGCGGCGUCCACCGAGCUCGCGGAUGAGUGGUGCAGCUCCAAGUCUCACAGGGGCAGCACCGAUUCCCUGGACAGCCUGAGCCCCAGGACUGAGACCGUCUCCCCAACGGUGAGUCAGCUCAGCGCCGUGUUUGAGAACGCUGACGCACACAACGUAAUCGUUCUGGAAAAGGCAGAGAACAACGAAGAGUACUCGGUAACUGGUCACUACCCGCUAAACCUCUCCUCCACUGUCGCAAAUAUCUCCUCCCCUGUUGCAAACCUCGAGGGCUUCAGUCCUCUGAAGGAUGCCAGCACGUGGUCUCCGCCAGCCAAAGCGGCUGCAGGCCCCAUGUCUGUUGAGCACUCUCAGCAGAAUAGCGCGCCGUCAGCACCGCGACAGAAGGUGUCUACAGGCACGCCGUCAGGUUCAAAAACCACUGAAGAAAUAAAAAAGAAUGCAGAAGCAAGUGCUGACCCUGGUGAGAGCUCCGUGGGGAGUCAACAGGAGUUGGUACUUGACAGCGAAAGAUGUGUGGACAGUUCUGCGAGGAGUAAGUCAAAAACAGACGCAGAAAUUGCCUUGCGACCAAAGGAACUGUCAGAACAUGCAGAGGGCAUCGCUGAUAGGCCUGAAGCUGCAGAAACACCGAGAAAUUUAGUUUCAGAUUUAGCAGCAGAUGCCGUUUCGGAUGCCACCGAGACCCAUUAUGAUGAUGCAAGUGAAAAAGAAGUGCAUGAAGAUGUGAAUAAUUUCCAGAGUUCCCAUGUGUACAUGCACUCUGACUACAAUGUGUAUAGGGUACGAUCGAGGUAUAACUCGGACUGGGGAGAGACAGGUACCGAACAGGAUGAUCAGGAUGACAGUGAUGAAAAUAACUGUUACGAGCCUGAUAUGGAAUACUCUGAAAUUAAUGGAUUGCCAGAUGAAGACGAAAUCCCAGCCAACAGAAAAAUACAGUUCAGCCGUGCUCCGAUUAAGGUUUUCAAUACAUAUUCCAAUGAAGACUAUGACAGAAGAAACGAUGAAGUUGACCCAGUAGCUGCAUCAGCUGAGUAUGAACUUGAGAAGCGUGUGGAAAAGCUGGAGCUCUUCCCAGUUGAACUAGAAAAAGAUGAAGAUGGACUUGGCAUAAGCAUUAUUGGAAUGGGAGUCGGAGCAGAUGCAGGCCUUGAAAAACUGGGAAUAUUUGUCAAAACAGUAACAGAAGGUGGAGCAGCAGAAAGAGAUGGCAGGAUCCAAGUGAAUGACCAAAUUGUGGAAGUUGAUGGCAUCAGUUUGGUUGGUGUUACACAAAAUUUUGCUGCGACUGUUCUUAGAAACACCAAAGGAAAAGUCAGGUUCGUAAUUGGACGAGAAAAACCAGGACAAGUGAGUGAGGUUGCACAGCUGAUCAGCCAAACUCUAGAACAAGAACGCCGCCAGAGAGAGCUCCUGGAACAGCAUUAUGCACAAUAUGAUGCAGAUGAUGAUGAGACAGGGGAAUAUGCUACAGAUGAAGAAGAUGAAGACAUGGGACCUGUCCUUCCAGGAGGUGACAUGGCUAUCGAAGUGUUUGAUCUUCCAGAAAAUGAUGACAUGUUCUCCCCCAGUGAUGUGGACACAAGCAAGCUGGCUCACAAGUUCAAAGAGUUGCAAAUCAAACAUGCAGUUACAGAAGCUGAAAUUCAGAAGCUGAAGACGAAGCUGCAGGCAGCUGAGAAUGAGAAGGUGAGGUGGGAGCUGGAGAAGACCCAACUGCAGCAGAACAUCGAGGAGAAUAAGGAGAGGAUGAUGAAAUUAGAGAGUUACUGGAUUGAGGCACAAACCCUGUGUCACACAGUGAAUGAGCACCUCAAGGAGACGCAAAGCCAGUAUCAGGCUCUGGAGAAGAAAUAUAACAAGGCAAAGAAAUUAAUCAAGGAUUUUCAGCAAAAAGAACUUGACUUCAUCAAACGCCAGGAAGCUGAACGAAAGAAAAUAGAAGAUUUGGAGAAAGCACAUCUUGCAGAGGUUCAAGGCUUACAAGCUCGUAUACGAGACUUGGAAGCAGAAGUUUUCAGGCUACUGAAGCAAAAUGGGAGCCAGGUUAACAAUAACAACAACAUAUUUGAAAGGCAGACAUCUUUUGGAGAAGUUUCUAGAGGAGAUCCAGUGGAAAAUCUAGAUACUAAGCAAGUGUCCUGUCUGGAUGGCUUAAGUCAAGAUUUCAAUGAAGCAGUACCAGAAACAGAGAGACUGGACUCCAAAGCUCUGAAAACUCGAGCUCAGCUUUCCGUGAAGAACAAGCGGCAGAGGCCAACGAGAACAAGGCUCUAUGACAGCAUCAGUUCAACUGAUGGAGAGGACAGUCUUGAACGAAAGCCGUCAAACAGUUACAGUAGUCCCAUGCACAUUUCAAAAUCACCACUGCCCAUUUGUAUGAGAGCAUCCUCACCAGCAUCAGAUUCUGGUGCUUCCUCCCUCUCCCCAGUGGCUAGCAGUGCAGCAAUCUCACUUGACAACCUAACUGAAAACCAAGAAGAAGGACAGCAGCACAAAGGAGGUGUCCUCUCCCUGUAUGCUCGGGGACACACUCCACUUUCCUCUCCUUCAAAAUCUGGGCACAGCUCUGAAGCAUCUCCUUUGCAUCACCCAUCUGGCAGGAAUGUUUUACAAGAUAAAGAUGGUGCCACAUGUGCCCAGGCAGCAAGAUCAACUCUCCCUACUAUAGGGCAUGCAGAAAAACUAAAGCGAAAACUUGCAGAUCUUGGGGCUCCCUUGAGAAGGAGUUCAAACAAGGGCAAGAAGCGGAAAGAGAAAGAAGCUGUUAGGGUGACCUGUGGCAGUAGGAACACCAGAGAGAUGCUGCAGAAAUCAGCAAACACUAAAUCUUUAUCAGAGCGAUCCUCCUCUCUCCCACACUGUGUACCAUUCACAUGGUAUGGAGAGAGUGGCAAGGGAUCCAAUUCUUCCAGCAACCUGCCAUCACCUACCAGCUCAACCGAACCUUCCUCUGAAAAUAUAAGUCCAGCUAAAAAAGGGUCAAAGAAUUUCGCGUUCAAUGACGACUUCAGCCCCAGCAGCACAAGUUCAGCUGAUCUGAGUGGUUUAGGAGCAGAGCCUAAAACCCCAGGUUUCUCACACUCCUUAGCACUGUCAUCGGAUGAGAGCCUGGAUAUGAUUGAUGAUGAGAUCCUGGAUGAUGGACAGUCUCCAAAACACAGUCAGUGCCAGAACCGGGCUGUUCAGGAGUGGAGCGUGCAGCAGGUUUCCCACUGGUUAAUGAGCCUCAACCUUGAACAGUAUGUGUCUGAGUUCAGUGCCCAAAACAUUAAUGGGGAGCAUCUUCUUCAGCUGGAUGGGAGUAAGCUCAAGGCUCUUGGUAUGACAUCUUCCCAGGACAGAGCAAUCAUUAAAAAAAAGCUAAAGGAAAUGAAAGCAUCCCUGGAGAAAGCUCGCAAAGCUCAAGAGAAAAUGGAAAAGCAAAGGGAAAAGCUUCGGAAGAAGGAACAAGAGCAACUGCAGAGGAAAUCGAAGAAAACAGACAAGUGUUCAUCAGAUGCAACAGAGGGCACUAAUGAGCAGUGAUGAGCAGAAGUGCUGCUGAGUUAGUAACCUGGAGGCACUUCGGGGGAAGAGAAACUCCUAUCCGCUCUGUUGCCCCUUCAGCUUUCUUGCAUCCAUUACACGAGUGUGCACAGAGAAACGGGGCUAUAAGUAGGACGACUAGGGAACUUUAUAUCGUGUAGUUUUAUUUUCCCCCAUAUCCAGCUCACGCGCGUUGUUGUUGCCAUGUUAAACAGCCCCAGCCCCUCGGUUCGUUUCGUUGUUGUGGACAACUAACAAAUUCCAUAUUCGUGUGGCGGUGUUUCCUUCCAAACUACUCUUUUCUAUUGAGCUCUGUGUGUUUGGUCACUUCAAUAACCAGCAUGAUGCUGAGGAGCAUGGUCCACUGCUUCCCCUCUUCUGAACAGGAUGGCCAGUCAAAGCGAUCAGUGAACGCUUCUUCAGCUGGGUACAAGGAGCCAUCCUCUGCCUGGUAGGAGCUGACCUGACUUUCUGACUGGAACUUCAGCUUCUCUGCUGGGUUUGGAUACUCAGUUCCGUCUACUGGAGUAAGUUUCAGCUUGCAUCAGUACCUUGAAGCGACGCUGCUCUGGAAACACAACUGUUCAGUGACUUCUUAAUAUACACUGGAGAUAAAGACAGGAGAGUUGACAUCCCCCCUGGGUAAAAGACAGGAGGUGAAACUCUUUCUGUUAACUGUACAAUAGUUAAUCCAGGAAGGAGGCAAAGCCUUAAAUGAUUAUGUGGGUUUACACAGAAAUCUGAGGAUAACAUUUAUCCUUUAGGUAUCUGAGCAAGGAUGAAUUUCUAACUAGAGCACAGCAUAUAGAUCUGUAUAAAUUUCUUUGUGCUCCCAGUGUGUAGGCAACUUUCUUAUAGCACACUCCGCUUUCUUUUUCAUGUAUUUUGAACAGGAAACUGGGCUUAUUUUGUUUUGUUUUGUAUUUUUUUCCAAGAAAAACACCACAUUAUCAGAUGCAUUCUCCAAUAAGUAUUGGAAGUGUAAGUUUUGUGCUGUGCUGUUAUGAAGCUGUCAUUGGAAACAUUUUCAGAGUCUGCUAAAGACUUUCAGUUUUUACAGAAGUGCACUUUAAGAAGAGGAAGAAGAGGGAUUCUGGCUAAAAUUAAAUUCAGUACAUUGCUGUUAGGAUCAAUGCUGCCCUGGAGGUGAAGGUUACUAAAUCCAAAGCUGCCAUGUAUUAACUGUUUUUAUUAACGUGUUUAAAGAAUAUCCCUAAUGAAACAAGAAUUUUGAAGCGUGGGCUGUAGAGUAUUUGGAUGGUUUAACAGUGGUCUUGUUACAUAUGUCAGAGGUUUCUAUUAUCCCAGUCUGUGAGUCCAUUGGCCAAGCCUGCUGAGUAGUUUUGACUAUGACAGAAGCAGUGGAUAAUGUUACUGCCUCUUAAGAGCAGCAUUAAAAUAUUCAGUAUUUCUUAAAAGGAAUGGAAAGACAACAGGCAAAUAUCUACAGCAAGAAGCUGAAGGUGUUAUAUUACUGCUCUUAGUCAAAGCUAAGGAUGCAGCAGUGUCUGUAUUUGAAAAGCAUCACUUUCCUUUUGUGCGUCCUGCAAGUUGCAGUCUCCAUCUAGUUAGUCAUGUUAACAUGUGAAUUGUUUAAGACGUCGAUGCACACUUACAAAUUUGAACAUAACAAUUGCCGGCCUAAAAAAUGCCAACAUUGAAUUCUUUGGAAGAAAAUGUUUGUUUAGCUUGGCUUCUCUUCUGCUCUGUACUUUAUGACAUUCAGAUCUGUGUCUGUCGAGUUCUCUGAAGUUCAGAUUUGAAACAGUUGGGGUGCAAUGUUUAGAGUUAAAUGUCUUUGAUCGUAAUAAUUUCUAUGAUGUGUAAAAUGCUCUGUCAACUGACAGAGCCUAGUUCAUUCAAAACUAAUACACAACAGAUCUAUUUAGUCUUAGCUUUAUUUUUCCUUCCAAAUCCAAUUUCUACAAGUUUCUGAUGUAUGCUCUAUUCAAAUACAAAAAUGAAAUUACCGUAAGAGAUACUUCAUAAUAUUUCUAAAGGCUUGUGAUAUUUUUCUUGAGAUAAACCACUGGCAAAAAAAUAUACCUGCUAACAAGAAUUCCACGUUGAAAUGAAUCUUUCUUCACUCUUCGUUGGAGAAAAAAUAUACAGAUGUUUAAUAGCCUCAUAAAACUCACAUUCUGUUAUUUUAGGAGGUUUUGAAUUUAUAUUCAAGAGAAGUUAUCUGGAAGAAACUGGAAAUUUAAUAUUUUAAAUACAAUGUUGAUAAAAUGCAUUUGAUGAUUUUAAAUUAUGUUUACGUUAUAAUGUUUAAGUGGUUGUAUGCAGUAAUCUGUGGUGGUGUUCCUGUUCUGUGUUCUCUGUUUUCCUAGGAACCUGAGCAGACUGCUCGGCAUUACACACUUUGAGUUUUCCCUCUUGCUGCCUAGAACAAUCUCUCAUUAAUUUCUGUGUAAAUCAAGCUCUUAUUCUGCAGAAUAACUAAUUUGACUUAAGUCCUUUAGGUAUUCGGUGGGUUUUAUUGCUUUGUGCUAAUUUCACUUUGCUAGUCUCUGAUUAAAAAAACAAAAAAUCUAACUUAAAAAGCAGUAGCUUUAAUUUAAAAUAAAACCAUAAAAUGCAUAUGGAUCAACACAUAAAAAACAAACCAAGCAAUGUCAAGAGUUUGUUCCUCUUUCUGUGCUAAUAGAUUUAUGCGGUUCCUUUUAUUAAGUAUGGUAACAUUUUGGGGACAUACGGAAAUGUCACCAGAUUACAGACAUGAACACCGGUGCAGUUUGAAACUUGUAUUCCUGUUCUCUAGGAUCUUUAAAGUCGCAUUGCAUUCCCUCCCCUUUUGUUGUGUAAUGACAUACACGAAGCAGAAGAUGAGGAUGUCUCAUCAUUGUCAACUUAAUUUCCUGUACACCAGUGCUAAGUCAGCCCAAUGGUUUGUGUGUGUGUGUAAUAAGAAGAGACAAAUGCUCCACGCUAAAUGACUGGAAGGAGUUUUUCUUUGGGCUCACCACCUGCAGAUGUAACUGUAGCCUACUUUUGCCUGUUUAUUUCUGGAGUUAGAGCCGCUCUGGAUGUGCUGACUUCAGAGAGCUGUGCAGGCAGCUUGGCGUUAGCCGUGUCCCUGGGUCAGCUGCCCAGGGGGGUGACGCAGCUGCCCGGAGAAGUUGGAUUCUGCAAGGUGAAGCCACCUCUGUGAGCUCUGGCUGUGCUUACCUUGCUGCACCUUGCUGGUCUGCAAACGUGCAUGGACAGAGCCUGGCAGGGAGCUGGCACAGCCCGCAGUGCAGAAGGGAGUUAGCUGGACGGGGAGCUUUGGAAAGGAGCCUCCUGAGCUGCUCCCCCUCCACCUUCUGGCUCAUGUGCGGGCAGGCAAGAAGUGGGCGAUGUUGUGUAGCGAUUUUGGAGAGUUCAUUCAGCUCCAUGUAAAGCCAGGGAAAGAAAUGCCACUUGUUACUAGUGCAGAAGCCAGUUGUACAGUAGGAAGGAGAAGGAUCAUUACUUAGUUGUGCAUGGCCAAGAAGUGCCACUGUGGGCACCAUCACGUCACUGAGAACCAGAACGAAGGCUUUGCACACAGGCCUAGCUCCUUAAAGACCCUGCAGUGCAGCCCGUACUGUUUAUCAGUGCUGAAAAUUAAGGGAAGCUUGCAGGAAUGAAGUCGUGUGUUAAUUGUUUAGCCAUGUGUUUACAGAGGAAAAGCAAAACCCGACCCGGCUCUUUUUAGGUGUGGCCACUUCCCCUGCGGUAUCAUCAAACCCAGUGGCGGAGGGGCUGACCCUUUUGGUUGCAGUUCCCUCAUUCCACGCUCUCUCUCACUGUAAAACCUCAGGAAACCUGUGCUGUGGGCCAAAAUGCUGAAAAUAAAUAAAUAAAUAAAUAAAUAAACAUCUGAAAGAAGCAGGCACAUGCUUAAUUAACUCGUAAGUCCUUAUCAGGUGAGUUGGGCAAAGUGCACAGAGGAGCUGAACAGUUUGGGUUCAGUUUCGUUUUGGUAGUGGCUGAAAAUAAGGAAAUUAAUUGGUCUUCCUAGAAAUGAAACGUUCGGGUUGUUUGUGGCUUGAUUUCUCUUGAAAUAGGUGCAUGUGGGUUUGUGUGUGUAGGAACCAGUCCUUCCAUCACUAUCCAUGCAGGCCCCGCCACACGGAGGUCGGCAGCGGCUGCCUGGGAGCCGUGGGGCUAGGGGAGAUGUGGAGGAGUGAAGCCCUCGCCCUGAGCUUCCCCUGUGUUUUUUGUAGGGUCUCCAGUAUUUUGCAGAUGGCGAGAUUUUGGAGUUCUGUUAAAACCAUCCCCAUGGUGCUCCUCCAGAGGUCUUCCCAUGUGUCGGCCUCGGGGUGGUUUUGUAGUGAGGGGGAGCUUGGCAGGACUGAUGUGUCCGUGUUACUAUUCUGGGAAGAAAUACCCAUUUUUGUAUUUUCUAAACCUGACUUUGGGUUCUGUUGGCGCGCUUUCGGCAGCUCGUUUCUGAGCGGGGCUGUGCGUGACCCCCACCGUGACAUGCCCAGGCAUCGCAGUUGACGGCGGGAUGGCACGGUCCCUUUCGUUGACCUCCUCUGCGUGUCUCACUGUAGCUUCUCCACCUAUAGGACUGCGACUUUUCACAGCUGUGACACCACCACCGUGACACUGAGCCCUCCAAUUCCUCAUUACAAAACACAUUUUCUGUCCCUAAGGGGCGGUGGGACCGGUGCUCCUGCCGCAGGCGUGAGGAGAUGGUUUGACAGAGGUGGGUCUAAAAUGCACUGUGCUCACUGUAAAAAUUGGCUUCUUACGUUGUUUCCUUUUCUAUGGUUGAAGAGGUGGUUGCGCUUCAGAUUUUUUCCUUUUUCUGUUGUUUUUUAAAGAGGUUAAAUGUAUAUGAAGUGCAUGUUGAUCCUGAACUUUUCGUUUGUACAUCUUGGUGUCUAAUCAUCUGCAUGAAAGACGCAGUAGUGCCAUGUCUGAGCUUGUUCCCUUGUGCUUGGUUAAUACGAACUUCUAUAGAUUGUUGAGUUUUCCCCGAAAACAAUUUUCUUUAAUAUUUUGUUAUUUGGAGACAUCAAAACAAAACAUCAUGGUGGCCCUUUGUUUUCUUACAGUUUAAAUACCAACAACAAAGCCUUGUGGUUUGAAGUUAAUUUGUUAGUGUAAAUAAAUUUCUUGCCAAUGAGUAUUAUUGUUGUUAGACAACGAAUGCAAUAAAAUGAGAAAUCCUGAAUCUUUA